AUGGCAGACGAAAAAGUACCAUCAUACCCUGACGUGGAGCAGACCCUCUUCGAUGAUAAAGAUGGGGCACCGCCGGCCCAAGUCCUCAAGCAUGCAAAUGAUGCCGAUGAAGCGAUGAAAGCUUUUGAGGACCAUGACGGGGAACUGUUGGUCCUAGAUGAAGCGACGAACAGAAGACUGCUGCGGAAGAUUGACCUCAAUAUUCUGCCGCUGCUAUGCGUUGUUUACGGUCUCAACUAUCUCGAUAAAACAACGCUAUCAUAUGCCAGUGUGAUGGGCAUCAAGAAGGACAUCGGCCUGGUAAAUGAUGACUACCAAUGGUUGGGCAGCAUGUUCUACUUCGGCUACCUCGCCUGGGAGUAUCCAACAAAUCGACUCCUCCAGCGCCUCCCUCUCGCCAAAUACUCCUCCUUCUGCAUCAUCCUGUGGGGCCUGGUCCUCUGCUGCAUGGCAGCUGUGAAGAACUUUUCCGGCGCCAUCGCCGUUCGCUUCUUCCUUGGUAUCUUCGAAGCUGCCGUGACACCCGGCUUUGCACUCUUCUCGUCCCAAUGGUACACCAAGAAAGAGCAAGGAACACGAAUAGGAAUCUGGUUCAGCUUCAACGGCUUUGCACAGAUCUUUGGCGGAUUAGUAGCUUACGGCAUUGCUAAAGGCGCGGCGCUGCACGGCUCAUCCAUUGCGCCUUGGAAGAUUGUGUUCCUCGUCACGGGUCUCCUGACGGCGACGAUCGGCUGCCUCUUCCUCUUUUUCGUCCCAGACAACCAGCUCAACGCACGCUGGCUCAGCAAAAACGACCGGCGCCUAGCCGUCGAAAGAGUCCGCGUCAAUCAACAAGGGAUCGGGAACAAGCAUUUCAAAGCCUACCAACUGAAAGAAGCCCUCCUCGACCCCUUAACCUGGGCCAUGGUCUUCUUCGCCCUCACCGGUGACAUCCCCAAUGGCGGCAUCAGCAAUUUCUUCAGCCAACUCAUCGUCUCAUUCGGCUACACAGCAGACCAAAGCCUUCUCUACGGCACACCCGGCGGCGCUGUUGAGGUUGUCUCUCUGAUUGUUUGUGGCUACCUAGGUGACCGCUUGGGCAACAGAAUUUUGGUUAGCACCUCUGGCUUGAUGAUUUCGAUACUUGGCAUGAUCCUCAUCGUUGCUUUGCCCUUAUCCAAUGACGGCGGCCGUCUGGCAGGCUACUACCUCACCCAAGCAAGCCCUACGGGCUUCGUUGCCCUUCUGUCGCUCAUUUCCAGCAAUGUAGCCGGCUACACUAAGAAAACAACCGUCGCUGCUUUGUACCUCAUUGGCUACUGCGUAGGCAACAUUAUCGGGCCGCAGACAUUCAGACCCAAAGACGCCCCACGCUACGUACCCGCCGAGAUAACAAUCAUCUGCUGCUGGGCCGCAUGCCUAGUAGAUCUGUUGUUCAUUUGGUGGUACUGCCAGAAUCAGAAUAAGAAGAAAGCGGCCUUUAGGGCGCAGCCGCAGUAUCGGAAAUUGGAGAAUCAGGAGUGGCUAGAUUUAACUGACAAGUGA